UUUUUGUUGCGUUAAGUGCCACAUAAUCUCACAGCCUUGAAGCUGAUGGAUUCGUUGUAAUUUAGCAAGACGAUUUACAAAAUGAAACCUCACAUUUAAAAUUCCACAGGCAGACUUUGAACGCACACUCUUUAUUUGCUCCUCCUGGUCUUGUUUUAAAGGAUGAGAGGAAAGGUUUGUGCAGGGGAUGCUCGUGUGAAUGGGCUGACCCCCUGAUCGCAGGUAUUGUGGCUGGAGGAGGGAGCAAAGACCGCAGAGAGCAGAGAAGAUACCAACUGUUCUGGGCUAUUUUGGUGUUUAAAUCCACUUAUUGUGAAUAUCAGCUAGGUCAGCAUUGGUGGAAGUAUGUGCAUGGUGUGAGAGCCCUGCAGUUUUUUGGUUUUUUUUUGUGUGUGUGGUGAUUUCAUCCAUCUGCAGCAUCGUGAGCGUCGGUGCGCCUCUCCGACCCACAGUCGCGUCCUCUCUGCCGGAUCAUGUGGAUUAUUUUGGCGUUUACCCUGGCAGUGGCAGGCCCAGGUGGGAGCUGGGGAUGCCAGCUGCCCCACGACUGGAGACCACAGACAGAAGCGUGCCGUGCCGAGCUGGCGCAGAUCAUAGUGUUUGCGAAAGUGCUGGCACUGCACAAGGAGUCUUACAGUGUGUAUAACUACCUGCCCUGGCAGUACGACACCGACCUUUUCUUCUCCGCCGAGAUUGAGCUGCUGUGCGACCAGGCGUGGGGCAGCAUGCUGGAGGUCCCCGCUGGAUCCAGGUUUAAUGUCACCGGCCUGGGUUACUUCCCCUGCUUCUCCUACAGUGUCACUAAAAACAACAACUACUACUUCUUUCUAAGGAUGGAUGAGAACUAUAAUAUUGUCCCUCAUGGAGUGAACUUCCAGGACCCCAUCUUCCCCGACACUGCAGAGAUCCACCGGACGUUUUCCAGCCUUUUCCAGUUUUCGAACUGCACGCCCGGAACUCAGGUCCACAGCUACACCCCAGAAUGGGAGGCUCAGGAGGACAGCCGGUUGUUGUGCUCGGCAGUGCAGAAGGCUCUGUUUGAGGAGGAGGAGAGGGUCAGGACUCUCUCCCAGCAGGUGCGUUCCUUGGAGAAAGCCAACGACCACCUGAGGGAAAAGGUGAAGACCAUGAAACGUCAGCUACGCCAAGCCCAACGAGAAACAACGAAGCAGCAACAGACCCUCAGCCUCAAACAGCUAUACGAGCCAAAGACGCCCCAAACCCACCCCGAUCAGGACACUACCCAGGACCGGAAGAACCCGCCACUUAAAAAGGUCCUCUCCAAGAGGCUAAAAAAAUAGUUUUCCUCUUUUUUUGUUGUUGUAUGUAAACCAAGCAUUGCUCCCUAUGAAGCAUCAAGGACAAAGCAAACUGGUCCAAAAUACUCCAACAGCACCAACAAUUGACAGUUUAGAGUAACAUGAUGAACAUAACUGUCAUUUCAAUACAUUCUCUGUGUAUUCAGCCUAAUUAAUAUGCCUAUUUCUAAAGGAACAUAACACAAAGCUUCACCUGCACACCCAAAUGGGGUGGCCAUUUUGCAACAGAACACUGUUGUUUUAGCUAGUUGUAAAAUUGACCUGUGCCUUUGAGACUGUCAACUACAAAGAGACCAUUGAUGCCUAUUCACAUCCUUAUCCGUAUACCUGUGUGUGUGUGUGUGUGUGUGUGUGUGUGUGUGUGUGUGUGUGUGUGUGUGUGUGUUGGGGGGGAGGUCUUUCACUUGACCUAUUUUGUGUCCCCAGAUGAACUAAGGUGAUGGAUUAACUGUCUCUGAGAGAAAGGAUUAAAAUGGUUCUUCUCAACUCUUAUUAAAUCUUGCCAUUAGUCCAAUAUGAUGAUUCUCUCUGAAUAAAUGUUGCUGUUGCCCGUCUCAACCACCAACCUUUAUCUUUGUCUUUUGUUAGUUGAAUUCAGUGGCAGCACAAAACAUUUUCCAAACAUCGGACAGAGCUUACAGCUGGCAGAUGCACUGUUUAAUAAUACGUAGACAAUGUUAAAGCAUUGAAAAUGUAAUAUCUUGCUUUUUUCUGUGCUGGACACAUUAUGCAUUGUAUAAAUAUUAGUUAAAUUUCUUACUUCAGAAUUGUCAAAAUGCUCAGAAUCAACCUCCGUGUUUUAGAGUCCACAUUUGGAAAAGGUAAUAUGAGCAUGUCUCGCAUUUCAGUCAGAACCAGAGUUUAUCAUUUUCAAUGACCAGUUCUAAUUACAAUGAGUGUAAUAAAGUAUGGAAUAUACAAGUUGUGAGCAUUAAAAUAUUGUGUGUGGAAAUACAUAAUGCUCUGUCUGUGUAUGUGAGCACAUAGUCAGAGGAGCAGCUGAAAUUUAAAUGAUACAUGACCUGUUAAGUCACAUCAUUCUUUUCUAUCUUUGCCUGCUUUUUAUUUACAUGCUUGAUCUAUUUAUACCCAAGAAACUAUCGCCAAAGUGUAGUGAUUCUUUAAAUUCAGUGAAUUGUUUUUCAAGUUCUCCUUUAUGCAAAUUGUACUGAAUGAAAGUGUAUUUUUUGUAUUUGAAAACAGGGUGCUGAGCACUCAUUAAGUACAGCCAGUGAGCCUGGCGUGGUACAGGAUUGGCUUUUUCUGUGUCAGAAAACAAAGUUUGCUUUUAUUAUACUGUCUGUAUACUGCUUUUCUGAUUGUUUUUGCUUUCUCUAAACUAUAAACAUGGUUUGCUCUGCCAAUAGCAUAAUCAUUUGUGUAAAAGUUAUUGUUUAGUUUUUUUUUUUAAUAAAUAAAUGAACUUUUACAAAA